AUGGGAAAUCGAAAUUUUUUGAAAUUAAAUAGAGACAUUAGAAUCGGUGGUCAAACAGUUCAAUUGACCUUUAGAAAAGAUGAUGGAAUCAACAUUCAAACUUGGAAACAAGAUAGCAAACAACCUCUACUCUCAUUGACACCCAAUGAAAAAGGUAUAUUCUCAUCGAGAGACAUCAAAGAAGGUGAAGAACUUCUAAGUUUACCAUGGUAUAAUUCAUUAUCAAUGAAUAAGGUUCAACAACAAUUACCUUGGCUAUUCAAUAAGAUUCAAGAUUUGGAGUUGACAGCUGAAGAUGGUUUGGUGGUUGCACUUCUCUACUAUCGAUAUUGUAUGGACGAUCUGUCGUUUGACUAUAGCGAAUGGUUCAGUGCGAUGCCAGAGGUAUUGAAUAGCGGUUUGUUCUUUAGCGAUGCGGAAGCAGAGUUGCUCAAUGGUUCGCCUGCCUACAUCGACUUGAUGAAUCAGCGACUGGAUGCCAAGGAGUUGUUCGGUCGUUUGAAAUCGUUGUUCAAAGAGCAGCAGUUCAGCAAGUGUGCAAUGACCUACGACCGUUUGAAAUGGGCGUAUUCCGUUGUGGAUUCGCGUAAGAUCUACACAGAGGCACCGAAUCUCGAUGCCAACGGCAAUCCUUUUAUCACCGUGGUGCUCGCACCAUUCCUCGACUACUUUAACCACGCAGAGGACGCACAGGCCGCCUACGACUUUGACUACGACGAGUCUGCAAUCAAGGUGGUUGCACUACAACCAAUCAAAAAAGGUGAACAGAUCUUCCUCAACUACGGUAACCAAGACUGUAACUCUGACCUCCUGAUUCACUAUGGUUUCAUCGACCAAUCGUCAACCGCCAAACACUGUGUCAAUGUAUUAGUAGAAGAGUUGUUAAAUACAAUUCCAGCAUCUGAUCCACAAUUGAUUGAAAAGACAGAGUUAUUGACAAAGGCAUUCGAACAGAACGAGAGAAUGAAGUUGUUUAAAGAUUCGCUGACAGAGGAGUUGUUAAAGAUUUCAAAGUAUUUAAGUUAUAAGAACUUUAGUUUAUUGCCAUAUUUGAAGUCGUUGAUUGAUAUGAAGAUGAAAGCAUACCCAACUACAAUGGAAGAGGAUCGUGCAAUCAUCGAAGCGACCACAGAAUUCGAAAAACUAUCACAACGCUCAAAGAUGUCGAUCAUCAUGCGUCUCCAAGAGAAAGAAACACUCAAAGAGAUCGGUGCUCUUAUUCAAGUGAAAAUCGAUCAAAACGAAUUAGAAAAUAAUAAUAGUAAUACAAAUUCCGAAACACAAACAGAUAACAAUAAUAAUAACAAUAACAAUAUUAAUAACAAUAAUAAUAAUAAUAAUAACAAAAAAUCAGCAAAAGAUGAACUAUAUAUAGAUAUAAAUACAGAUAGAUAUACAUUAAAAGAUAUAAAGUUAACAAAAGAUAGAUAUUUAUUAUGUGGUGGAGGUGUAAAUAAUGAUGAGCAACAGCAGCAACAACAACAACAGGUUCCGUAUAUGUCGGCACCCUUUCAUCAUCCUUCGAUGAUGCCACCUCACCAUGGUAUAGGAUCACCUCAUCAUAUUCAUCCACAUCAAGGAAUGAUGCCACAGCCACCACCACCUCUACCGGUUGGAACGGCAACACCUCAUACUCAGAUGAUGCAUCAUAUGAUGCCACCAAUGAUGCACCCACCAUUCAUGCCACCUCAUAUGAAUAUGAACAUGAAUAUGAAUAUGAUGGGAAUGAUGCAUCAUCCACCACCACCACCAUUCCAUCAACCAAUGGGUAUGCCUUUUAUGAUGAAUAACAAUAACGAACAGCAACAGCAACAACAACAUAUUCAAUUACAAACAUCAGAAAUGAUAAAUUCAACAGGUUAUUUAGAUGAUAAUAAUAUUACACCAACUACUAGUAGUAACAGUAAUAAUAACAGUAAUAGCUCAACACCAAACAAUAAAUCGAAACCAAAUGUACCAACUUUAGCAGAGAUAUUCGAUGAUCUAUCAAGUAGAUUCGUAAUCAAUAUACCAGCAGAGGAAUUAGAAUCAUUCGAUCGUCUACUAUUUCAAAUUGAAGCUGCCUUUUGGUUCUACGAUGACUUUCACAGAGAAGAGCAUCAUUCACUACCAAAAUACUCUUUAUCUGAAUUUACAAAAGUUUUUUUCCAUCAUUGUCCAUUCUUAAAACCACACAAGAAUCAGGUAGAAGAGAUUUUGAAACAGUUCUCACAGUACAAGACAAGAGUACCUGUGUAUGGUGCUAUCAUUUUGAAUCCGGGAUUGGAUAAAGCAUUAUUUGUAAGAGGAUUUCAUUCAUCGAGUUGGGGUUUCCCCAAGGGUAAAGUCAACAAAGAUGAAGCCGAUGACAUCUGUGCUGUGAGAGAGGUACUCGAAGAGACUGGAUACGAUAUCUCUAGCAAGUUGAAUCCAAGACAUUUCAUUGAGAUCACAAUGAAAGAUCAAAAGAUAAAGCUAUUCAUCAUCUGUGGAGUACCAGAGGAUACACCUUUCAUGCCAAGAACAAGAAAGGAGAUUAGUAAAAUAGAAUGGUUAUCAAUCGAUGAAUUACCAACGUUCACAAAAAAGAAUAACACUCAAAGUAUGGUAAAGGAAAAGAAUUUCUUUAGAACUAUUCCAUUCUUUAUUAAAUUAAAGAGAUGGAUUGCGAUUAGAAAAAGAGGAAUUAAAGGUAUGACAGAUGAAGGUAAUGCUAUUAUGUCCACUCCAAAGACAAUUGCUCAACGACCACAACAACCGACUACUCCAUCGUCAUCUACUUCCUCUUUACAGCCACCACCUCAGUACUCACCAUACCCAAUGUCACCUCCAGCUUCACCAAGACAAUAUAAUAAUACUGCUAUCACCCCAAUUAAAUCGAGUGGUAACAACAGUAUCACCAACAACAAUAUUAAUAAUAAUAACAACACUAACAAUAUCAAUAUAAUCAAUUCCAAUAAUAAUAAUAAUGAAAGCAAUUUUAAUAAUAGUAAUAAUAUUAAUCUUAGUAGUACAUUCCCAAAGGUAGCAACUGCCGCAUCAGUAGUUACCACAGCAGCUCUUUUACCUACCGUAGGUAGCACUGAGUGUAAACCCAGAUCAAAAUUAACAUUCGAUUCAAAAUACACAAUCAAAUCAACAUUCUCUGACGCAAAGGAUACAAUUGUAUCUUAUCCUACGAUCCAUGUCCAAAACUAUCAGUCACGAUUCAAUGUAACUUUCGAUUCUGAAGAACUUGUAAAUUGUUUCAAAGUGUAA